UUGUUGCCAAACGUCAGGGUGAUCAGUGUAAAUUGUCCAAAAAAUUGGAGACCCGAUCGCCCUGAUUGAACAAUCAACUCGACCCGUUUAUGUACCCAUCGCUCCAAAAUCUCUCUCUCUCUCUCACUCUCUCUCUCUCGACCCAGGCGACUCAUUCCGAUCAGUUUUACUUUGAUGCUGCCCGCUAGCACUGCUGAGCAUGGCCACUAACCCACUUAAAGGUAGAAAUUUAGCAGCACAGGUUCUAGGACAUAAAGGUCGUUAACCCUUUCUGCAAAUUCAGAUGAAUUGAGUCCACUUCUGGCAAUAUGAUCAAUUGAAGCCCACUGAUACAAUGAAAGAAUAAGUAGCACAAACAAAUCUUUGGUUCCAGAAACUUCUGAAACUGUGGUUUUCAUGGCUGCUUCUGUGUCAACUCUUCCAUGGAUUUGGGUCAUUGAAGCUCUGGCAAGCUUCAAGCAACUGGAUGCAUCUAUUCUGUUGGAUUUGGUUAAAAGGACUCCAGAAAUCUCUGACGAUUUGGGGGAAAAUGCCAGAGAAAUGGUCUCCUUAAGAAUUUUGGAGAGUUUUUUUGAUAGGCAAUCUGGAAGCAAAAAUGGUGGUUCCGCCGUAGAAUCCAAAAUGGAGCUGGAUCCAUCAAAGCAGUGUGAAGAUGUACUUCGAGAUAUAGUGCAUGAGACGUCUGCUUCGAAUCUGAGAAUGGAUGAACCAGAGAUGUUGAAAUGGGAUGUCCAGACCUUUAUUAUGCAUAAGAGAGCUUCCUUGCCAAAAUGCACUUUACUACAGCUGAAGAAUGCAAUUCUUGAAGGAAACCAUCCAAUUCUUGCAUCCUUGACAGAAAGCAGUGGAUUGUCACUUAGCAAUCAGUCUGGAAACAGAAUUCCCAUGGAUGAUGGUGAUCUCAAUCCAGUUGCCAGAGGGAACUUAACCUCUCCAACCCCUGAAAAUGUUGAUGGCUUCUUGCAAGAAGAUGCGGCUAACACCACUUUGUUAUCUUCUAAGAGGAAUAGAAGUGACUUAGAUACUGAAGAUCUGGCUGCAAAAUCCUAUGAGGAUGGUAUCAGUAUGGACGAUGGGUCUGACUCCCAUUUGCAUAAUUCCAAGAAGCUUAAACAGGAUGCCACUUUUACUGGCCAGGCUGUUGGUCAGAAUUGUGUUCCUGCAAUCGAAAAUGAAUUGUCCGAUGAUUUAUUGAGAAGAAAUGGACAACAGCUUAUAAGGGAUGGCUGUGACUUGGCCAAAUCAUCUCAUGUAAGAGGGUCACAAGAAAGCACAUUCUCAGAAGAUUGUCAUGAUCACUAUGUUGCAUCAAAGAGGCAUGGGCAAAGGGAUGGUGAAGAUGCUUCAGGAUUACUGCUUAAUUAUCCACAAAAUUCUUGUAAUAAUGAGGCAGUGCCUGAAGAUUCACGUGGAGAUGGAACGCAGCGGGACCUACCUGUUAAUGAGGCCAAGGAUAAUGGCAAGCAAUGUGCUGAAAUGGGAACAUCAACGGCCUCACCGUUGUAUGAAACUCAACAGAAUAAUCAUGGUGAUGAAUGCAGAGAUAAGUGUGGAAAUACCCAAAUCAAUACAUCUAACUGUGUGCCGCUCUUAGAUGGAACCCACCUAAAAGAUAUUCCUGAUGAUGCCAGAGAUGAGAGGGAGCAUAAUCCUAGACGAGAAAUGUCCAGCGAUAGCGAUGGCUAUCAGGACGAGAAGAUUGAUGUUGCCCUGGAAAAACGUAAGUUCUUGAGCUCUCAAUGCUCAAUCAGUCAGGACUCUUUGGCAACAGCUGACUGUACAGAGCUUAAUCUUUGUAUGAAGUGUAAUAAAGGUGGUCAGCUGUUGGUUUGCAGUGGAAGCGCUUGUCCGUUAGUGGUUCAUCAGAGCUGCUUGGGCUCUGCACCCAGUUUUGAUAACAGUGGGAAGUUUUACUGCCCUUUCUGUGCAUAUUCUCAUGCAAUUUCGGAGUACCUUGAAAUCAAGAAAAAGGCUGCCUUAGCGAGGAACGAGCUUGCAGUUUUUAUUGGAUUGGAGAAUGGACAUCGGGUGGAUAAACAUACUAAGAGAUUUCUGGUGCCCGAGCAAAAUCAGUUCAUUCUAGAUGAGAAUGCGAAUGGAAACACUCAAGCUAACUGUAAUGAAAACCAUGUAAACAAAGUCAAUAGUACUCAACAUAGGGGAGAUAUAGAUGAUAAGAAACAAAUGGAACCUUCGGUGUCAAAGGUUAAUGAUGGUCUACCUUGUCAAGAAGAAGGUGUGACCAUAGCAGAUGAUGGAACACUAGGUGCUUUACCAGACGGAGAGAGAGAGGGAGGGAAAUUGGGCCCACAGUGCCAAUCUGGAAGUGCGUUAGAGGAACAACAGAUUGAAGAAGGGAGUGGUUGCGAUCGUGGCGAUGAUAAUUCAACUUGCAGAGAUAGAGAGAGUGGCCAUGAGACCAAGGGCCAUGGUGAAGAUGAAAUGCAAAAGGAAGUUUUACAACAACCUAUUGCUAAUCCAAACCGACGUGCUGCUCGUCUAUCAAAAGUCGAUGUAGGGGAAAGUUCUGAAGAAGAAAAUGAUAAGGCCACUUCUAAUUACCGCAUAGAACGCCGACGCCGUGACAAGCAAGAAAAGCAGUACACCUACCCAGCAAUUCCUCAGUUGAGGCGAAAGAAAGUCUCAUGGACAUCCGCAGAGGAGGAGAUACUAAAGGAUGGUAUGAGGAAAUUUUCAAGCAUUCAUGACAGAAAUAUCCCAUGGAAGAGGAUUCUGGAGUUUGGAAGUGAUGUGUUUCAGAAAGGUCGGACCACAAUAGACCUCAAAGACAAAUGGAGGAACAUUUGCAAAGGAAGCCCGAAGUCAAAGUGAAGUUUUAUCUGUUUCAUCAGCUGCACUUGUCAAUGUACUCUGGUUUUCGCUAUGCCUUCCAAACUCCAUUUUUAUGGAAGUUACUUGUCUUUUUGCUUUCUGUACUUAAAACUCAAGUGGUAGGUAAUCAAAUCACAAGAUGGAACAUCAUAA